UUGGUCACAGUUUUGUUUAGUUCCUCUCGAAUUAUAAUAUCAUCUAGUAUUAAGCCACGUGUACUCCCUGCUCAUCCUUGUCCUCGCUUCCGAAGACUUUCCACAGGAGGGCAGGCCGGGCAUAGAAAACCAUGGAGAUGCUCGAAGCAAACAAAUAGAGAGAGAGAGAGAGAGAGAGAGAGAGAGAGAGAUUUACUAUUCAUACAUAGAAAUAGUUCUUAGUUUUUACAGGCGCUUUUAGAAGAAAAAAUGGAGCGGUAUGAGAGACUGAAGGAUAUCGGAUCAGGAAACUUUGGGGUGGCUAAGCUGGUGAGGGAUAAAUGGAGUACUGUUGAUCAGCUCUACGCUGUCAAGUAUAUCGAGAGGGGUCAAAAGAUUGAUGAACACGUGCAGAGGGAGAUAGAGAAUCACAGGUCCUUGAAGCAUCCCAAUAUAAUAAGGUUUAAGGAGGUGCUGCUAACACCAUCUCAUCUAGCCUUGGUCAUGGAAUAUGCUGCCGGAGGAGAGCUAUUUCAAAGAAUAUGCAAUGCUGGCAGAUUCAGCGAGGAUGAGGCAAGAUAUUUCUUCCAACAACUUAUUUCUGGUGUUAGUUACUGCCAUUCGAUGGAAAUUUGCCAUAGAGAUCUGAAGCUGGAAAACACCCUUCUAGACGGAAGCUUAGCACCACGUCUUAAAAUAUGUGACUUUGGCUAUUCCAAGUCAUCUGUGUUACAUUCCCAGCCCAAAUCCACUGUAGGAACACCGGCAUAUAUUGCACCGGAGGUCUUGUCAAAAAAAGAAUAUGAUGGGAAAAUCGCAGAUGUUUGGUCUUGUGGGGUUACCCUAUAUGUGAUGCUGGUUGGGUCUUAUCCCUUUGAAGAUCCAGAAAAUCCAAGAAAUUUCAAAGAAACUCUUCAGAGGGUUCUUAGCGUCAACUAUUCAAUUCCAGACUAUAUUCGUAUUUCCAAGGAUUGCAGACAUCUUUUAUCUCGAAUCUUUGUAGCCGACCCAGAAAAGAGAAUAAGCAUCCCAGAAAUUAAGAAGCAUCCCUGGUUCUUGAAGGACUUGACAGUCGAGAAUGAAUUAGAUGAAUUAUGUGGCUUGGAAAAUGGUGAUAUUUCGUCCCAAAGUAAUGAAGAAAUACUGUCCAUAAUUAAAGAGGCUAGGAAACCAGGUGAGGGACCCAAACUUGGUGGGAAUGAUAAUAUUCUUGAUGGAGGCAGCAUGGAUUUUGACGAGAUAGAAGCAGAUGAUGAUGACACAGACGACAUGGAGACAAAUGGGGAUUUUGUCUGUGCAUUGUGAGUGCUAGCUAGCUAGCUAGCUUGCAUGGAUGCAGGCCAAAGUUCGCAUAUAUAUAUAAAGGCAUUCUUUUCAUGUUCAAGGGGAAUCAACUUUUUUUUGUUUAGUGGGUGGGUGCAUGAUGUUGAAUCGUUGAUUGCCUGUGUCCACGGAAUUAAGCUGGCUGUCUUGUUCUGAUGAUCUCUGUGUAAUCAAGAGCAUCAAGUAGUUAGGCCAUGCAUGCAUGGUAUCUUGCUUUUUAACAUUUUGUCGCUACUUUAAAUUAUCUGUUCUUUA